AUGUUUAGAUUAUUAUUUCUCGCCGUUGCGGUGAAUGCAGCUAUAGAGUUGUUACCUGAGCUGCCUGAACCCGGUGAUUUGGCGUUACACCUUAGCGAAGAUGAUUUUGAAGAUUAUUUGGACAAAUGGAUUGAUUUGGAACAGCGGAAACGGAUGAACUAUACAGCAAGCGACGCGACCGUUCGCAGUGGCUGCAGUCUUCGAGUGAAUGGAGACUUUGCCCAACCCCAGCCAGUAUUCAUUCGUAGAAGCACCAACGCAUAUCUUCAUCCGUUUGACAAUUCUGGAAUCGUGCGACUUAUUUCUGGAGAACAGGUGAUCGUCGGGUGUCCUGGACGCACAAUUGUUCAUCCCCGCGCUGUUACAACCACGGCCACAGCAACGAUUCAAUGCUCGAGUGGAACACAAAUUACAGGACCUGGUUUCAUUGACGGAAGGGGUGCGUUUAAUCAACUGACUUGCAACAACCACGCCUUUCAUGAAGCUCAGGAAACAAGUCGACGUUGCUAUAAUAAUAACGUUGUUAUUAGGGUCGGAUUUAUAGUAAACAAAGUAUUCCAUACAGUCUACAAUUCGUGCUUCGACAAACAGCGCUUUGAAGUGCUAUAUGUAUGGAUGCCUAUGGAUGCGUCGAACGCUGUUCACCAAUCUGGGGUGACGAGACCGAGCUGGAUAGCGGGAAAUUUCUUUCCCGGUGUGGGAGCGAAUAACCUUUACACUCAAGUUCAACAAAAGCAAGCUAUAGCUAGGGUAGUAGGGGAGGAAUUAGCCAAUAGAUACGUCACAACCACACAGUUCUUGGCAAGAGGACACCUGGUCGCUAAAAGUGACACCGUAUUUGCACCAGAACAGAGGUCUACAUUUUACUUUAUUAACGCUGUGCCUCAAUGGCAACCUUUCAAUGCUGGUAACUGGAACUGGCUUGAACAGAAUCUUCGAGCUCGUAUCGGUGCCGUUGGGUACAACUGUAUAAUCUACACAGGUAGCUUUGGAGUAACUCAAUUAAGAAAUCAAAAUGGACGAUUUGUGGACAUUUACCUUGAUAAUACGAAUGGAAAUCGAAGAUUGCCGGUGCCCCUUUACAUGUAUAAGGUGGCAUACGACGCAAGCAGGCGUGUCGGAACUGCUUUUAUAAGUAUCAACAAUCCGCACUACACAUUAGCUGAGGCCCGAGCUCUGCAGUUCUGCACAGACAGGUGUCGGAAUAACAAUUCCUUCAGCUGGCUCAGGUGGCAACCAGAUCGAGUGGAUCUUGGGUACAGCUUCUGCUGUACUCUCGCUGACUUCAGAAGAGUAGUACCCCAUCUGCCAGCUUUUAAUGUUAACGGAUUACUUGCGUAAAUAAAAAUAAUAAAAAU